GCGGUGCAUCUACACCGUACACCGACACCGCGACGGGUACGCUUACCGUUCCGUGCACCACGAAAAUAUUAAAUAAUAUGGUCGGACAGCCGUGUUUUGUAUAUUUACGUUUUCGCUGAUCCGAGAUUAUUCACUGUUUUUGUUGUUUUUGUUUUUUUUUUUUUUCUUCCCGACUUUUCGCGGUCCGGUCAGUCCAUCAACCAGCCACCAUUCGGUCCGCGUUUCGCCCGUCCGAUCGACGCUGCUCCGAAAACUGAAAAGGCCUACCGAUAGCGCAUCGUCCGCCACAGCCUUAGCCGCCGCCGCCGCCGCAGCCGGAGCCCUGUCCACCGAACUCCGCGAACUUAAGCGUCCCGGGAACCGCGCACAAAUUACCAGCAGCGUCAUGGUCCUGAUCAAGGAGUACCGUAUUUGCAUGCCACUGACCGUCGAAGAGAAUAUAAAAAGAACAUAAUGUUGUUGAACACUGAACGUACAGAUAAAAUGGAGGCAAAGCUAGAAGUUGUGCCUUCAACUCCAGUAUUAAAAUGGAAGAAAAUUCUUGAUCCCAUUGGACCUCAACCGAGGCCUCGGCAUGGGCACAGAGCAGUUGCUAUUAAAGAUCUUUUAAUUGUGUUCGGUGGCGGAAAUGAGGGAAUAGUAGAUGAAUUACAUGUCUACAAUGCAGCCAAUAAUCAAUGGUUUAUACCUCAGACUUCUGGUGAUAUACCUCCUGGGUGUGCUGCAUAUGGUUUAGUAGUUGAUAAUACUAGAUUACUAAUUUUUGGAGGUAUGGUUGAAUAUGGUAAAUAUUCAAAUGAACUAUAUGAACUUCAAGCGAGUCGAUGGCAUUGGAGUAAGCUUCAACCUAGACCACCUCUUUAUCACAUGUCACCUUGCCCAAGACUUGGUCAUAGUUUCACAUUAAUAGGUAAUAAAGUUUACCUAUUUGGAGGGUUAGCUAAUGAUAGCAAUGACCCAAAAAAUAAUAUACCACGUUAUUUAAAUGAUCUAUAUACAUUAGAUAUAUCUUCACCUGACGCUUUAGCUUGGGAUAUACCAGAAACAGUAGGUGAUUUUCCACCUCCUCGAGAAUCCCACACAGCAGUAGCAUAUACUGACUCAAGAGGAAAAUGUAAACUUAUCAUUUAUGGUGGUAUGAGUGGGUGUCGACUAGGUGAUCUUUGGACUUUAGAUAUAGAUACUAUGUCUUGGAAUAGACCUAUUGUUUUGGGUCCUAAGCCUCUACCAAGGUCUUUACAUACAGCUGUAACCAUAAAAAAUAGAAUGUUUGUUUUUGGUGGUUGGGUUCCGUUUGUUGAAGAAGUCAAGUUACCUAUACAUGAAAAAGAAUGGAAAUGUACAAAUCAAUUGGCUUGUUUAAAUUUAGAAACAAUGACAUGGGAAGAAUUGAAUAUGGAUAUGAAUGAAGAUAAUAUGCCUAGAGCUAGAGCAGGUCAUUGUGCUGCAAAUAUACAAACAAGAAUGUACGUGUGGUCUGGUCGAGACGGAUAUAGAAAAGCAUGGAAUAAUCAAGUUUGUUGUAAAGAUCUAUGGUAUUUGGAAGUGGACAAACCACAGAAGUGUGCUAAAAAUCAGUUGGUUCGUGCAUCUACUAAUGCUCUAGAAAUUGUAUGGAAUAGUGUACCAACUGCAGACGCUUAUAUUUUACAAAUUCAAAAGUAUGACCAGCCUGCUGACACUUCAGCCCCAACUCCACCAACAAUGAUUGAUUAUUCAUUGCUACCAUUUUUGACACCGGAAUUGGCUAAGAAAAAUACUGACAAUGAUGAUUGUCAAAUUAUACCUACUACCAGUACUAAAGCUAGUAGUCCUGCCAAACCAAAUCAAAUUAUACAAAUAAUACCCCAAGGUUCCACUGUUAAUUCCUCUUUAGUAAAAGAUCAGCAGUUUACUCCUGUUAUUGCUCAAGCAUCUGGAAAUAUGAAAAUUAAAACUGUUCAAAGCACUAAUGUUACACCUUCGUUACCACAAAACUUUAAGGCAGUAAGUCCUGUAACACCAAAGACACCUGCAUUUGUUAGUUCUCCUUCAAUGGACAUGUUAUCAGAUGCUGCCAUGCAUACUCUUGCCGCUGCUGCAUCAGCUACUCAAAAGAUCAAAACCACUGUAGUAGUUUCUAAACAAUCAGAACUUCCAAAACCUGUGAUUAAGACUUCAAGUGCACCAUUUAAAAUUGUUCAAACACAAAGGUCAAUAAAAAAUGUUAUGUCACCUGUAAACACUACAGUGCCACAACAAGCAGUUCGUAUAACAGGACCUGCUUUACAGACUUCAGUUGCUGGUACAGUUCUUAAAACUGGAUCUAAUGUUUUUGGAAAGCAAGUGAUUUUUCAAAAGCCUGGUGGUUCACAAUCAAAUUUUGUUACCUUAGUUAAGACCAGUCAAGGUAAUCUUAUACAAGGUAUUCCAGGAAAGAUGAUUGGAACAACUACACCAAAUAAGAAUAUGCAACCAUCUGUUUUAAAGUUUAUCAAUCCUCCAAUGAAUCAACAGAGUAGUCCUAUCAAAUCAAACCAAACUAUGAAAACUGUACCUUUAAAAACAGUUGGUGCAAGGCUACCGGUUGCUGCUAAUAAACCAACUAUUGUUAUUCAAAAAGGUAACUCAAAUCGAUCAGCUUCCCCUCAAAUUAUCAUUGUAACAACUGGUUCGAAUCUCAGGGGCAUACAGACUUUUUCAGCCUCCCAGGCUAAUAUGACAAAUCGCACCAGUGUAAGUAACGCGCCUGUUCAAAUGGUAAUGGUAUCAUCAGGUGGCAAUACACCAACUGGAAGUAAACCUAUUACAAUUACCAUGGCUGGAGCUGGUAAUCGUAAAAUGGUCACCCUAGGUAAAUCAAAUUUGACUGGUAUGACAAUAGGUGGUAAGCCUGUAACCCUUCAAAUGGUUAGUGGUCAAAAUAAUAUGGCUAUUUUAACUUCAAAUUCUGGUGGCAAUGUUGUCCAGCUAAAGAACACAAAUAUUGUGAGUACACCAAGUACACCUAGGUCUACUGCAAUCAAUUCAAAAGUACCGUCUUCUGUCAAAGUAUCCACUGAUUUACCGGCUAGUACAGAGUCUGCACUCACUCAAUUAGCUGUGGAAGCUGGCAUCAUCGAUUCUUCCAACAAAAGUACGAAUGAAAUGGAGGAAUCAACUAAUUAUAAGAAUGAUUUGGAAAAUUUGAUUCGGGAAGAAGGAAUUGAGAGUCUAGAUGUUGAUAUGAACAGUGUGGAGGACGCUUCCAGUGUUGUUGACUGAAUAAUUAUUUUUAUUCUAAUGGAUUCAAUAAUUCAUGGCUAAUUUGUUUUAUUUAUAGUAAAUUUUUUAUUUUUUUUGCGUAAGCCUGAUGAUUUAAAUUAGUCUAUCCCUAGCCUAUCAAUAAUGUACACUAUAUUUUUCAUCAAAUGUAUUUUCUGAACACAGAAAAAUAUGGGUAGUUGUAAUUUUAUUAUGUAAAUAUAAUUUUGUAUAAUAUAUAAGAACAUAGUAUGGUAAAAAUGUUAAUUUUCAUGAAUUAUUUUGGUUUAUAUGAAACGAUUGAUGUUUUUUUUAACAUUCAAUAGCCCAAUUUGUUAUUUCUGGUAAAUUAAAGAUUUAAUUAUGGGUAAGUUUUUAUUCUUUGUUUAUAUUUAUAAGUAUUUUGGUUUUGUUUAUGAACGUCAACUUCAUAAUGUAUGACCUAAUACUUACUUUUAAUGGGUUUUAAAAAUGUGUGUAUUUCAUUGACAAAAAUAAACCACAACCCUUAUAAGGUAUAUAUUAUAAUAACCGAGAUAAGGUAUGGCCAAAAUGUUAGUAUUUACAAAUAUUAGUUCUUAUUUCUCCCAUUUAUUGGCCUAUUUUUAUUUGUAAGUAUUUUCGAAGUAUAUUAUAAUGAAUUUAUGUUAAUUUAAAUACACAUAAUAAGCGGUAUUUACUUAAUUAAUAACAGAAUUGAAUAAUUUUGAGUUAAGUUUAUGUUUUUGCCAUUAUCCUUGUUUCCAACUCGUUUAAUUUUAAUUUUUUUGAUAUAAAAUUGAAAUCGGUAAUUAUCUGACAUUUUUAUUAAAUUGAUAUCGGUUCAUAAAUAUUUUUACUAUGUAAAUCUUUUGUGAUUUCUAAUUGCAUAUUACAUGAUAUUUACAACAUAUUGUUAAAAUUAAAUAAUAAACAAUAUAUUGUCUUAAUAAUAUUAGUUUUUUUUCUUUCCGAAACUCGUUAAUUUAUCAAUAAUGAUUAAAAAUUAUUUAUCUUGCAGUGUCUUCAUAAAAAUAAAUAAUGUUAUAAUAUCUGUUAAAAAAUAUGAUGCCAGCUUUUUCGAUAGGUUCAUAAUAAUGUUCAGGCGUUUUUCGUAUGCGUGCAACGUUUCCUACUAUUUAUUAUUACAUUAAGUUACUAUUGGUUACACGUCGAUAAUCAUUAGGAAAACGAUCGUCCAAGGUUGGAUGCGUUUCAAAUCAUCGGAUUGUUAUCGAUGUUGCCUACCAACCAACAAGAAUCUCGCCAAAUUAUUGGUCGGUCAUUGUGAACCAUCGAAAAACAGAUCAUAAAGCUUAGCAUAAAUAUUUUAGUAUCGAAGCUAAAACUUCUAAAACUAACUAAACCCAACACCAUUGUAACCAACUUUAUCGAACGGUUCAGUGUCUUUUGCUGGUGUGUCUUAUGAUGCUCUAUCAAACCGUCUAAUUUACAUUUCAAAAUUAUGUACAAUACAAUUUUUAAAUUUGGAUUUCAAAAUAUUAGUUUACGCAGGUUAUUUUAGAUUUACCGUUGUAUAACCGUUAUGUUGUACUACUUCUAAUUAGUUAUCAUUACAUUACAAUAUUAUACUGUCAUUAGUACCUACGUAAUGUUUUAUAGUGUAUAUUUUGUAUUUAUUACAUUUUUAUUUUGUUACUCUUGGCACAAUAAUAUAUGCGCUAGUUUUGUGCAAUUAUUAUUCAUUGAUUAUUGUUAUGAAAUUUUGAAUUCUGAAUAGAAAGAAGUUCCAUUUGCUACUUAUUUAUUUCUACAAAAUCGUUAAUUUAAAAGCUUUAUAGGAGUUUUAUUUUUUUGUGUCGCGUGUUAUUGUUAGGAUUUAUACUUAUAUGCACAGAAUAAUCAUUAUGUAGUGUGACUAUGAGUAGUAAGAUAACGAAGUUUAUAACAACUCUAUGAAUUAAUUAAUAAAUUGCACGCUUAUUACCUUAUUUUCAAUAUACUACCUACGGCAAUGCACUGCAAUAUCAUAUAAGUAUUGUAGGUCUGUGCUGGUUUAAUGAGUAUAGCCAGUAUAGGUUCUAUAUUACAAAAUAAUAUGUAUACAUUUGAUUAUAGAAAGAAUAUAUAAUGCAUAUUAUGUAGACGCAGUAGGUGCACUUUUUGUGAAAUCUGAAUUUUAGAGGUAAGACAAAACCCUCGGAGUUUUUGUAUAUUAACAAUUAUUUAUUUUUAAAAAAAAAAAUUUUCAUCAAUCAUAAUUGUUUAAUGUAGAUACCUAUAAAUUGAAUUUUUUUUAUACAUAUAAUAUUUUUUUUGUUUCUCACUUCACGCUUAGUCAUUAUUAAGUUUAUUGAAGUAAAAUUCAACAUGUAAGACCACAGAGGAAUAAUGUAUAUAAGUCAAUUUUUAGCUACAAGAUUUUGAAUGUUUAAAAUUAUCUCUAAUGUAUAAUCUAUACAAAGUUUUGUCGUAUUUAACUAUAAUAUUUUUAUUGUUACUAAUAUUUUAUUUUAGAACACAUUCACUUAAAUUAGGAGAAUAAUAUUUUAAGACUGAAAGGCGACAUUUAGAAAAGAAAUUGACUUAUAAUGUUUUUCCUCUGUAGUGCGUAUUAGAUAUUAUUUAUGUAAUUAUGUAAGAACCAUGCAUAUUUUCUAAUCAAUGUUAGUAUGUUCCUCGUUAAAACAGAAGUAAAUACCGUGAAUUUGUUGUAUCUGUAGUUAUAGUUUUUCAUUAUUUAAGAAAUUAUUUAGGAACUAUCUUUACAAUAUAUAUAUAUAAAUAUAUUUUUGAAACGAUUAAAAACACGAAUAAAUUAUUUUUAAAUA